CGUACAAUGAUCACUCAUUGCAUUGUACUACUGCAGCGAUGUGACUUCGAUCAAAAGACGUGAAAAUGAGUGAUUCGUCAGCCGAAUCGCGAAGGGUUUUGUCCUCAAGUAGGAACUCGAGAGUGGUAGAUCGGGAUUCUGAGUCGUCCAUGGAGGGUGCCGUCAUGACCAAGUCCGGAAUGAGAGUUUACAAGAUUGUUUUGUUGGGCCAGGGUGGUGUUGGCAAAAGUGCAUUGACACUUCAGUUUGUGACGCACAGUUUCCUUGAGUAUCACGAUCCCACGAUAGAGGAUGCAUAUCAGCAGCAAGCGGUGAUUGAUGGAGAAGUGGGAUUAUUGGAUAUACUGGACACAGCAGGACAGGCUGAGUUCACCGCCAUGCGUGAUCAGUAUAUGCGCGGUGGCGAGGGCUUCAUCAUUUGCUACUCCAUCACCGACCGACGUAGUUUCCUGGAAGCCUCAGAGUUCAAGAAGGUCAUUGAGCGCGUAAGGAACACUGACGAGGUCCCCAUCGUGCUCGUGGGCAACAAGUAUGACUUAGAGCACAAGCGAGCGGUUACAAUGGAAGAAGGGCAGGCAUUAGCCCGAGAGUUCAGCUGUCCAUUCUUCGAGACCUCUGCUGCCUUACGUCAUUUUGUGGAUGACGUCUUCUACACACUGGUCCGAGAGAUUCGCAUGAAAGAGAAGAAUGACAUUCUUGCCCUUGAAAAGCGGUUCAAGAAAAAAGACAAGUCCAUCAAACUACAGAACCUGGUCAGGAAGGUCUUCAGAAAAAAGAGCAGCACAACAUUAUGAAUUCACGGUCUUAAAGACCAGUAGUGAGCAUUGAGGAAACCUUGUGAGAAACUUUCACAAACCACAAGAGUUUGCAACAACAAGAGCCAAAGUUGCCUGUUAGUGAGUUCAUAAGCAACUUGAGUCUCUGCGUCAGAGCAAAGAACUGCCAGCUUUCACAGUAGACUUUCAUUCUGUUGUCCCUUUGGAACUUGUUAUCAGCGCCAUUUUGUUUUUACUAACAAGGAUAAGCUGCUGUGGUCAUUGGUCUCAUGUGAGUCAGGAAAGCACAACAAAUGGGUUCCAAAACAAAUUUAGUGAACCUGUCUGCCGUCUUUUUAAUUGCAUGCACACCAACAUUAUGGCAAGUCACUGCAGUAAACUGUGCCAUUAUUCAGUCUUUCUUACCUUCUGAUAAGAAAUAUUGCUGGCUGUCCAUUCAUACAUAUACUUACUGAUAACCUUACAUAGCCUUAUCUAGUGUCAUCACAGCUUGGAGACCAACACUGAGUAAACUUUUUGUCGUGAUGUUUAGGGUAGAUACUUUGAGCAGGAGAUAGCAAUCAGGUGGAUCUGAUCAGCUAGUCUUUUGCAAUCUGGUCAGGUAAUUCCACACAGCAGUGAUUUGCUGGCACUGUUUAUCCACGGUCACCUAAUAUUAUGAGGCACAAGUGCAUUGUAAAAUUUGUGCCAGAAUUUCAGGAACACUAGUUCAAGCCAGCAGAUGUACUCGUACAUGCAGCAUGUAUGUGGAAGUGUUCACUUUGAGCAGAGUCAUCUAAACCUAUAACCAAAUAACCUGCCAGAAAGAACAGUUAGAAUCAAAUACCACCAUCUUGGUCUUGUCUCUGGAAGCCUUUGCAUAAGUACAUAUUAACCAUAUCACCUUGUCACAAGCACCCCAUAGUGUUGUGAAGUAAUGAUGCAAUCAGAAUGGCUGAAGAAUGCUCUAGCUUGAUGAAGAAACUUUUGAUGAAUAUUUUCAAAAACUAAUUUUUAAGAUUUCCAGUUUUGAAAUUGUAACAUUAUGCACUUGUACCUAUCAGGCAUUCAUGCUGCAAACAUUAGAUGGUGCUCUACAGCUUAGAAUGGUCACAAAUGCACGCCUCACUUAAAGUAGUGUGCUUUACAAAAGUAUAGAAAAAGUGAGUAGGUUCAAUGCUGCAGUGAGUUACUUUGGUAAACUGUAAUAGAAUUCUUCUUGAGUGAUCAACAAGUUUGAAUUAGAGUGCCAAAAAUAAAACAAAACUUAAUACAUGUCAGUGGUGCUAGACAGGGUUAGGUGAGGGAGGCACUUCUAUUUGCAACAAACAAAAUGCUGACCCAUUAUUCAUGAUGCAUUGGCCUUCUGUAGAAACCUAAAUACUAUAGUAACUUUCCUUAAUCCUCCAACUGUUGAGUUGGGCUAUUCAGGCUCAAAACCUGGCUCUGAACAACAACAAAGAUUUCGCCUCUGCCUUUCACCUUAAACAUUGGCUCUACCCAGAGCAAAGAAAAAUGGGGUCUGCUUCAGCGUUGGAAAAGCAGUCACUUGAGGCCAAGAUUUUUCCAAUCUCAACAGUCUUUCAUUGUCAGACAUAGCUCUGUAGAAAAAACUGUUUGUUGUUCCUCUAAUAAACAAAAAGAGGACAGUUUGGAUGAGUCCUUUUUUUCAAAACCUCCUCAUUACAUUUUUUAUGUUUCAUCAGUCAAAAGUUAAAGGCACCCAAUACAUGUACAUCUUUUAUGUCAAAUUCAACAUCAUCUUUCUUUUGUGUGCAAAUUUGAUGUGUAUUUCCAACAUUUUUCUUGAAGAUACUUGAUCACAGCCAUUAAUCAGGGUAACUUCUAUUGAAAAACUCUGAGAUGUUUAAAAUUACCCCAACUGCAAUGCUAAAGCUUUUAUAAUCAAUUUCAUUAUAAUUUAUUGUACAGUGCACAUUGUUUUAUUUAAGUAAUCGAAGUGUGUGAAAUUUGGUCACUUUGGUUUUAGUAUUUGUAUUUUGUACAGAAAAAGUUGUACAUGUAAUAGAUCUAUAUUCUGUCAAAUAGUGUGUUAUAUGUGUACAAAUGAAGCUGUAUAUAAUGUUAAUAGUACCAAUAAUAAAGCAUUGGUUAUAAAUAGUUGUUGACAGUUUAGGUGAUACAGUAAUUUCUCCAUUGUUUCCCCCAUUAGCUUUGUGAAACAUUACACUUAUUGCUUGUGCAGUUACAUACAAUAAAACUAUUGUUCAAAUGUUUCUUGAUGGCCUUUUCAAGUGUUCCAGUUAUGGGUGCAUUUUUAUUGAGAACACUGGGCAAAUUUUUAGAUUAUUUAGAAUUUUUCAGAAAUAAAGAACAAACGUUUGUUGGAAGUUGUCCUGAAAAUACUGAAGAUGCCUAAACAAAAUCUUCACCUGGGUAAUUAGAGUGAACUCACUUGUCAGUAGACAAGGAGUUUUAUCACCUAGGUAAUUAGAGUGAACUCACUUGUCAGUAGACAAGGAGUUUUAUCACCUGGGUAAUUACAGUGAACUCACUUGUCAGUAGACAAGGACUUUUAUCAAAAAUUGAAUGGCCCUGUUCAUUUAUAAAAAUCUAUACCUUUUAUAUAAUGUUAAUUUUUUAUGCAGAUGUAAUUUUGAAAUUUACACAGAAAAAUAAAAUCACAGAAAGAAAUGGACAUAA